AUGGAUUAUAUAAUGAAAACAAUUAAUUUGAAAGAAAAGGAAACAACAAGCAAUCUGCCUGACGAUACACCAUCGGGAUCCAAAAUUUUGGAAGAUGAUGUUAGUCGGGACAUUGAUGAUAAAACUGAUAAUAAAUCAAUCGACUCCAGCGACAGCUCGUUGAUCAAAAAUAAAAAUCCAGCUCAAGUUAAAAAUAAAAUAAAGUACCCAAGAAACGAGUGGAAUUGCAGCAGCUAUUAAUGAGCUUAAACAACUAAAUAGUACUAUACAAACUUCCAGUUGUUUUCUCAGCAAUGUCAUGAGUACGAUGUUAUUGGAAAACAUGUCGCUAUUCAACUGAGACAGCUGCCAUUACUCGAUUUUAUAGACGCCAAAGAUGAAAUCCAACAAGUACUUUCCCGAUACCGAAAAAAGCUAUAUAUGCCCGAAACACAUCUGCGUUUUCCUCAUAUAAUACAUCGUCGCAAACGUCCUAUAUAUCGAUGACAUCACCAGGAUCCAGUGAACCAGUGAUUCAUUCCAGGACCUGUCCCAAUAUCUGAUUGGCCCGCAGAAACAGUUUCUCGGCAGCCAGUUCAAACAGUUGUUGGACAACCAUCAAAUGCAUCAUGAUAUGAACAAUAUUCAAUAACUUUUAUCCUCUGUGUUAGUUUUGUGUUAAUUUUGUAUGACUUGGUUUGUCUUUAAUAAAUGAAUGAAUUUAUGUAUGAUCCACACAUGUGCCAUUGAAUAAGUUAACUGAACCUUUGAAGAAUCAACUCAUGAAACAUUUACCACAUUUCUACUUACCUGCAAAUAUUCGUCCAAAGCUUCAUACAUAACGUCACAAACUUCUGGAAUAAAUUUUGAUAUGGAGGAUUUUUAAAUCCUGAAAAAUAUUGCUAACAGCCUGUAUGAUAUUCCUGAGCUUAGAAAACACAUGACUACUUCUAACUUUA